UGAUCACCCGAGCAUCAACACAUCUUCCACCACCACUACCACAUUGACUCAUCGAAUAUAAUCCACUGGUACAAAGCGCCACCACGUACUCUUGCUGCUUAGAGACUGGCAUAUACUAUAUAAAUAUCAAGUCUGCGUGUUAGUGUCAGCGGCACCUCGCCCUUCUACGCCAGCCAUUAGUGCUUACAGUAUGGAGUUGAAUGUUGUAGCGGUGGACAAUAUGGUGUUGGGUACCGAACCAGUACACUGUAUGGGAUUGAGUGUCGCACCAAAGGACGAUGUGGUGUUUCAGGCGACGGAGGUGGAUGGCUGGGCGAACUACAAAUGGCUUGACAUUGUCAUGUACCGCAUCAUUCAUGAGUACCUGGUGCCUGUGCUGGUGCUGCUGGCGGUGCUCCUGCCGGGCCUGCAGCUCACUAAAACUACAGCAGCAGCUGUGAGAAACACUAGAUCGUCAUGCACUCCAAGUUCUCUAAAUGUGGGUCGUCUCCAAGGAGCUGGUGACCUACUGCCCAAAGAUACAACCACCCCAGGUCCUCUCCUCGUGGGUAAUCUGCAAGGAUUUCAAGAUUUACUACCCCAGGACACCAUCCCAGAUCCUCCUCGAAAAAAUCCUGGUGAUCUACUACCCAUGGUUCUCACACCAGGGAAGUAUCAGUAGCAAGGUGAUCAUACACCACGCUUCAAGACACCACCCAAGAUAGACAUUCCUCAUGAAAAAGUUUGAUGUCGAAGAUUUGUUGAUUGAUUCAGAGACAAUACAUCAGAAACUCAAGAAAAUUAUUUUUAAGGUAUUGUUUUUAGAGGUUAAAACAUUUAUUGAGACAGAGCAGUAAGCCAAGAAAAUAAACAUUAUGAAUCCAGUAAAAUCAACAGACACACACACA